GGAAAACCAUUGAAAGUCUUCAUCAACCUCAAUGUCAAUGACAUCAGCUCCAUCAGUGAGAUGAAGAUGGAAUUUUCGACGACUUUGUACCUGAGGCAAGUGUGGAAAGAUGAGAGGUUGGCCUACAGCGAAUCAGACCGAAACAUCACACUGCACCACAAGCAGUUUGAUCGCAUGUGGACUCCAGAUGUAUUCAUCAGAAAUCUUAAAUCAGGUUCGUUUCACACAAUCACUGUCCCCAAUCGAUUGAUCCGCCUCUCGCCAGAUGGCACAAUACUUUACAGUCAACGUCUAACCUUGACCCUGGCAUGUGACAUGAUCCUCAACAAAUAUCCAAUGGACAAUCAGACGUGCAAAAUUGAAUUCGGAAGUUACGCCUACACGACGGAGGAUCUGGAGUUUGAGUGGAGGACUGAUGCGACUGCAGUUGAGGUUAACGAAGCCAUCAGCCUGCCGGAGUAUGAACUAAAGGAUGUCUCGCAUGUCGUUUGCAGUCAGAACAUCAAGAGCACUGGAAGCUUUCCGUGUCUGAGAGCAUACUUCCACUUGGAACGAAGAUUGAAGGCAUACGUCCUUUCAACAUUCCUUCCGAGUCUCCUAGUUGUCCUCCUUUCCUGGGUCUCAUUCUGGAUCGACUUGGAUGCAGUCCCAGCACGGAUAUCUCUGGGCAUCCUGACCAUGCUGACGAUGACGACCCAAAGUUCUGGCCACAUGAGGGGUGUACCUGCCGUCUCCUUCACGAAGGCCAUCGACGUUUGGAUGGCAACCUGCUUGGUCUUCGUCUUUGGCUCCUUCAUCGAGUAUUCCGUUGUUAACGUUUUGGCCAGGAAAGAAAAGGCUGAAAAAUUACGCAAAGCGAGAUCUAACGAUGAAAGGAAGGGAGAGAAUGUCUCUGAUGAAAAGAGUGAAAGUGGAUUGAAGAGGGUUUUGGAGGAUGACGAUCAAACGAAAAAUAUUUUGAUUGUUCCGGUCGACGCAAAAAAUGUUCGUGUAGUAAGUUGCGGUUAUUUUUCUGUUUUCAACCGUUGCGAUCGUGGAUGUUGA